AUGGGCAUUCAAGCGCUGCCGGACACGACCGUGCGGGCGAUAGGCGCAACUCAAGUCUUGACAGAUCCAGCAGCCCUCGUCAAAGAACUGGUGGAUAACGCACUCGACGCUCAUGCAAACUCGAUAUCGGUCGAGAUUCAUAACAACACCCUCGAUGUCAUCCAAGUCCGCGACAAUGGACAUGGCAUUGCUCCAGAGGAUAGACCACUUGUGGCAAGACGAUACUGUACAAGCAAGCUUCUGGACUACGACGACCUCAAAGACAUUGGCGGCUCGUCACUCGGCUUCCGAGGCGAAGCACUUGCGAGUGCUGCAGAGCUGAGUGGAUCUCUCACCAUCAGCACUCGUAUCGAGGGCGAGCAAGUCGGCGCUGCAUUGAAGAUCAACCAAAAAGGAGAAGUCGUUGGUAAAGAUCGAGCCUCGUUACCAGUCGGCACCUGUGUCAAGGUCACCGAGUUCAUCAAAGCCAAUCCUGUGCGGAGACAAGUCACGUUGAAGAAUACAGAAGCCUGUCUCAAGAAGAUCAAGCGUUGCUUACAAGCAUACGCUUUCGCUCGUCCUCAUGUCCGAUACUCGUUGCGAGUGCUCAAGGCAAAGACCACCAAAGGAGAUUGGGUGUAUGCACCGAAGCUCAACGGGAAUAUUGAAGAUGCUGCAAUCAAAGUGAUCGGAUCUGCUUGUGCGUCGCAGUGUUUGUGGUCCGUGUUGGAGCAUGAAGGCUUUUCAUUUCAAGCAUUCCUCCCUCGCCCAGACGCAGAUGCCAGCAAGAUCGGAGGUCAUGGGUCUUUUAUAUCGGUCGAUGCUCGUCCAGUAUCUUCAGCUCGAGGCCACUUCAAGCAGAUUGUCAAAGCAUUUCGCGAGGCGCUACGACGUGCAGGGUCUCUCCUCGACGACAUCAAAGAGCCGUUUCUGCAUCUCGAGAUCGGUUGUCCGGAUGAUUCAUACGAUGUCAAUGUCGAGCCUGCCAAGGAUGACGUGGCAUUCGAAGACGCUGUCAAGGUCAUAGAAGGGGUGAAGACGCUCUUCGCUGCCGUAUAUGCUCCUCAGACGGAAGAAGAGGAUGUCCGCGCAAUGUCACAGCCGAUACUGGAGAUCGGCCAUGGCUUGGACGACCAUGAGACAGCGGCGACGAGCGCAACAGCUCGCAUAGAAGCAGCAAACGCUACCUCGACUGGCGUCAAUACUGUUGAAGUACGAGAGGAACAGCCAACACUACCCAACGCAACAGAAGACGAACAGGUGACCUCUGAGCGGCGUAGAACUUUUAGAAGCAACAUGUAUGGGUGCGAUGAGGAAGAUCUUGAAUUGCUCGAAACCCAACCGCAGGACGACCGCAGUGCUGCACAUUUGGAAGAGCUACGUCAAGCAAACAGGGAUGUCAAUGUCUCCAAUCCGUGGGUUCUUGCCAAACUGAAUAGCUCGGUGCGUCGAUCCGAUGUACAGCAACCGUCGCCAAGAGACGAUGAGCCUCUCCAGCGAACAGACAUAUUGAGCUCGCCGGUCAGACGAAACGCUACAUUUGUAGAGACUGCCGAAGCUGCGCUGCCCACACCAAGACCGUCCUCGCCAUCACCGCCAGCAUUCCAUCCUUCUGACCAUGUCCCAGACAUGCGAUUGGCAAGAAAUGGCAACACGAUCGGCGCGCAGGACUUCCCUCCACCACAGAUGUACACACCAAUGCAUUCGAGUGAUCCGAUCGAGCCACAAGACUUGCGUGCAAGACGCCAGAAUCAGUCACCAGACUACAAUUACGACUUGACCUCUGAUCCGCCAGCUGGUACACCUCUUGCGGCUAUUCCAGACAUCAGCACACACCCUCAUCGCAUCCCGAGAAAGCAAGAUCCGCAAUCACGGUUGAACAAGCCAUUCGUGCCUCCCUUCAAGGAUGGACCUCCGCGAGAGAGAGUAUGGUUUGAUCAUUUGGAAGAUGUGGAGAGGCCUCGACGUCCGCGUCCAAGACCACAAAAUGACGGUCAUGGCUUGGUCGUGCAAGGCGAGCUGGGCGAUUUGGUGGAAGACGCGAGGCCAUUAACGCCUCCCAGGCGCAACCGCGAUAUCAGAGAUUUUGUCGAUGGCGGAGAAUCGAUAGCCUCUAUGAUCGAGGCUCGAAACUACCGCCGCGGACCAAUUCGUGGAUCAGACGCCAAUCAAGAGACUCGAAUCUUCGAUGAGCGAGUUCGUCGUGACACCGACGAUCUCAGACGGCAUGGCUUCGUCCGAGCCAGGGAGGUUGCGGACAUGAACAACGACCCCAACUCUCCUGAGAAGCACGCCAGUACUUCGAAGCGCCGCAAGACCAGCGAGAGACAACCCCUCCAAGACCUUAGCACCAACGCCCCGACUGCCCAAGAACCAGAAGCAGCCAACGACGAAAAACAUCGCCCGCCAACAACCACAACCCCCUCCCGCCGCCGACAGAGCUCUCACAAACUCGGCCGCACCAAAUCCUCCAAACUCCCCCUCGAGCGCACUCCACCCGGCCAGGCCAUGCACAACCUCAUUCUCCCUGUCCCCAUCUCAAUAGACGGGAUCUCCAAAGUCGCAGGCCAGAUCGAUGAAGAGAGUUCGUUGCUUGGGUUCAAUCAGCCUGCUGUGGGUUUUGAGAGUGUGUUUACUGCGGAUCCGCCGAGUUUGGAGGGGCUUACGAGGAGUCUGCAUGGGUUGCUUGUGAGAGCUGGCGGGGAUGAUGAUGAGGGAGCUGGAGUGGAGGGGUUGUUUCGAAAGGUGCAGAAGGCGCUUGAGAGGCAUUCUAGGAACGACGACGAUGGUGGUGGGGGAGAUGAUGAGAUCAUGUCUCUGGUCUGA